AUGUUUAAUUCAAUAUCGGCCAAUGAUGAUUUUAUGAAUUCUUUAAUGACUGGAGAGGAGGAAACGUUUACGAGUAGUGGGAGUGCUGGUCAGCAUCGAAAUAGAUAUUUGGAAAAGUCGAAACAGAGCAAAUCACCAACAAUGAAUUCUUCAUCACCUUCAUCAUCACCUAAAUUACAGGAUUCAACAAAUAGACGAUAUACAAUGACACCUGGUGGUCAACCAAAGUUAGCUUCUGAGAUGGUUCCUAUUCCAUCUUCCCGAAAUACGAAUUACGGAAGAAGAUUGAGAUAUAAUUUGUUUGGAACAUCUGCUCCAUCGAAUGGAAUGGAUAGUAAUAAUUCGAAUAUGAGUUCGCAACCACCAAUUGACUCAUUACCAGAACAACAAAUUUCUAAUUCUGUUGCAACUUCUGUAAUAAGCAGAACCAACAGUUUGUACAGUAAUAAUAGUACACAAGUACCUUAUAAUCCUAUCGAGUUCCAAAUUGAAAGAGAAAAUCUCACUUUUAAUACUGAUCAAGAAGUGCCCAGGUUUAAAAUUGGCAUUUUUGGACGAAAUUCUUCCAUAUUUACAAUUCUAUUUGUUCUUCACCUUAAAAGUGAAUGGUAUUACAUGGAUGGAAAGUUAAAAUCGACGGAUUCAUUUAGAUUGGAUCCCACUUCUGACAGCUUUAUAUCAACAAGGCCAAUUAUGAAUCCAAUAGAAUCUGAUGAAAAUGAAUUAGCACUUGUUUCGUUGGAAUGGAUUGAUAUGUCUCCUACACAUAACCAAUACCAACUAAAGGAUACUGAAGGAUUCGUGUAUGUUUUAGAUAUUGGUUGCAAAGUAAAUGGUGAAGAAUAUUUGCCAAAGAGUUUUGAGGAUCAAUUACGAGUUGCAAUUCAGUACUUGCAAACAUAUAUCAAGAGGAGAAUAAUGAGGAAUAACAAGAACGAAAAUUUUGAGGAAUUUGAGGAACCAGUUGUGUUCUUGUGUUAUCAUGACGAGGAUUUGUACAAUUUGAGAGAGGAAGAAUUAAACAAUUCUCUAGAUAAGAGAAAUUCUAUAAUAAUGACAAAUGAAGACGAUUCACCAUUAGAAGAAAGCGCCAGGUCUAUAAAUAUUCGAAAUGCAAUUCAAAAAACCUUAAACGAACAAAUACCACUCAAGUUAAAGAAUACCAAAGUUUAUGUUCAGGAGGCUAAAGAUCACAAAUCCAUAGGAUCCUUCAUAGACAAUAGUUUCGCCUUUCUUGCAAGCGAAAUUACAUUAUCCAAAUUCAUGAAUGAACACAAAGCGAAAAAUGGCCAAAAUUCAAUAUCAUCUUUCUUUGCCUCUAGUAGAGACGAGGAAGUUUCAGAUAAUCUAUUGUAA